UACAAAUGUGUUUAAUUCACAUGUCAAAGAAAAUUCACGUUUUCAUUCAUAGGUGAAAAACACGUGAAAAUGUUCAGUUAAAACUUUAGUUCACAUGUUACGUUUUGAUUUUCACAUAUUUGUGAUGGCGAUACUUUUCUUUUUUCACAAUUUGAUUCAUAAUUUAUUAGAAUUGUAGGCAUGCGUUUGUCCACAGUCGUCAACGAGUCCUUGAAUGCACCGGCAAAAUAUCACAUGAACAAAAACAGGAAUGUAGCAGAAUUUGGUGUGUGUGUGUGUGUGUGUGUGUGUGUGUGUGUGUGUGUGUGUGUCAGGUGUUAUAAAUCAGAGUGUAAGGUCUGCACGUUCUCAGGACCUCGGUUUGUUUUCAGGAGCAGUGACCGUCACUAACGACCUCCUCACAGAUAAUUUACGUCUUCAGGCACAAAGACGAGACGACAGACGAACCGACCGCCGAGCCGAAGAAUCUGAGCUGCAGAGAAACUCCAGCGUGAAGAUGUUCUGAUCCGGGUGGACGGCCCAACAGACACAAACACACAGACAUGAUCCCUUAUUCUCCCUGAGAAACUGACCAAUCAGCAGUCAGGAUGAUGCCCAAGCAGCUGGCUCAGACGUCUCCAGGGAGUGUGUUGUCGCUGAGAGGGACCAGCGUCCCAGGAUCCCCUGCUGCCGCCAUCGUGGCCAGAGUGGAGGACGGAGUCAUCGGCUAUAAGGACUUAGCAGCGUUACCGAGAGACAAAGCCAUCCUGGACAUCGAGAGACCAGAUCUGAUGAUCUACCAGCCGCACUACAGCUACAGUCCUCUGGAGAGGUCCUUGUCUCCUCGCUCCAUCUCUCCUCCUCCCUCCCCGGAGAGGGAGUCCAGGGAGUGGCUGGAGAACCGGUCUCCUGGAGGUUCUUCUCCUGGCUCCACCAUCCAGACCAGCAGAACACACAGCACACACACACCGUCCACGCCACACACACCCAACACGCCACACACACCCAACACUCCACACACACACUCCUCCGGAACCAAGAGUACCAUGCAGCACUUCCACCGGCCCGAAAAUGGCUCCAACAUCUACAAGAAGCCUCCAAUCUACAAACAAGAUGUGUCGUCCUCUCAGGUUCCUCAGGGGAAACACAUCGAGGAUCUGAUCAUCGAGUCGUCAAAGUUUCCAGCAGCUCAGCCUCCAGACCCGAACCUGCCCUCCAAGAUCGAGACAGAGUACUGGCCCUGCCCCCCCUCCCUGGCUGUGAUUGAGAAGGAGUGGAGGAAGAAGGGUCAGAGGGAUGAAGAUGAGGAGGAGGACGGGGAGCUGGACGACGAGCUGUGGGGCCUCCGAGUGCUUCAGAAACAAGAGCUCAACAAGAUUCAGUCCAAUCUGGGAAAAAUCAUCCUGAAGGAGGAGCUCGAUAAAUCUGCAGCUCCUCUGAGGAGGAAGACUCGCUCGCUCCCGGACCGCAGCCAGCACGGAGGAUCCAACGCCUCCAAGUCCGUGUAUUUCCCAGCAUCCUCUAAGACCGGCCUGUCCAGGCUGCAGUCGGCCGAGUUCAGCUCGACUGAGAAAGCUCCUGCAGAUCUUCAGAACGGAGACUCCAGGAUGGACAGAGGGAACUCUCUCCCCAGCAUGUUGGAUCAUAAAGUCUACCCCUACGAGACGCUGGUGGUGACCCACAGAGGACGCAGCAAACUGCCCCCCGGUGUGGACAGAACCAGGCUGGAGAGACACCUCUCUCAGGAGGAGUUCUUCAGUGUUUUCGGGAUGUCCAUCGAGGAGUUCGACUGUCUCUCCGUCUGGAAGAGAAACGACCUGAAGAAGAGGGUGUGUCUCUUCUGAUGCCACUGGGACCGCAUCCCCCACAAUCCCCCUGCUCUUUCUCGACACAGACUCUGAAAAAAAAGUCAUCAUCAGCACCGCCGCCGCCGCCAUCAUCACCACAGCAGCUCACUGUUAGUGAGGCGCUCAGUGACGUCUCAGGCUUCAGGUUUGAUUCACAGUGAAGGUGUGAGAGUUUAGCUUUCUGCUGCACGUGAACUCCAGCUGCUGUUUGAUUUAAGAGUCACAGACGAUCCUCUGAUCCGAGUUUUGGAAGUUUGUUCCUCAUGUAAGCGAACUGACAGCAGAGCAAACUUCCUGUAAGGCCCGGUCACACCAGCAUGUUCCUCCUGCUGCACAGAGAACGAAACCUUCUGGUGGCUUCAGAGCUCAACACACUGCAACUCAACGAUAACACAUCCAACAGUUCUGCAUCUCCGAGAACCACUCGAGUUUCCUCAGGUAACGUUUCACCUGCUCGUCUGUGCGUAACUUCAGGAGAGAGUCAGAGAGGAAGUCUGAGAACGAGACUGAACAGAACCAGAAGAACACUAGAACAUCAGAGAGCUGAGGUGGAGCUCUGAGUGAAGUCAGCACUCAGCAGAGACUCUGGUUCUGGUU